AUGUCGCGAAGAAAAGGGAAUGCCGCAGUAGAAUGUCGGCUUCAAAUUUCACCACCAAUUAGUUUGGGCCAAGCCAUCGAACCGUCCUCCACACAAAAUUCGACGCCAGUUUCGUUUUCACCCUCGCCGAGUCUCGUCGUCAUGUUUCCACCGCAAGUUUGGACGGAGAUUUUCCAGCACUUGGACGUGCCCGCGCUGAAGCAGGUUCGCCUGACCUGCUCCUACCUGCAAGCCGCCGUGGACGAGAAUUCCCGUUUUAUGGACCAAGUCCGGCUCAAGCUGCCCGAGGCGACCACGAUGGAUCGGUUCUUCGGUGUGGACGUCCCGGCACGGUCCGUCCUGCUGCGUUCGUCCCGGAUUGAGGCCGUUGAGUUGUGGUGGCCUCGGGUGGGUCGUUGGAUGUAUGAUCUUCAGUUGGAGCGGUGCCGGAUGAGCGUUACGACGCUGGUGGGGAUGCUGCGAGCGACGCCGCAACUGAGACGGUUGACGCUGAAGUUGGUGGAGAUUUCUGCUGGGGUUGUUGGCGAGGGCUGCCGGCUGGAAAAGUUGGAAGAGCUGGUUAUCGAUUGUCCGGACGAGAAGGGUGUGACGCUGGACUUGUUGCCACUUUUCGGAUCGGGUUGUCCGGGGUUGAAGAGCUUUACGUAUCUGCACCCUAAACAUCCUGAAGUAGAUCAGUUGAAGGUGGUUACCUUUUUGGAGCAGGUUCAGGGUACGAUUGAAGAAGUGAAACUCUUCUACAGUGAGUUUUUAAUGGAUGCCAUUGCGGAGAUGGAUCGGAUGGAUAACCUGAAGUGUGUAACCUUCAUCGGCAACAACCCAUUUUACGAACCAGCUAAUGAUCGAACGGUGCUCAAAUUCUGCCGGAAAUAUCCUAACCUGAAAGAGUUCAGCAUGGUAAGGGCGUCCAUUAAGCACGCGACGGCGUGCUUGGUCAUCAUAAUGUUGCGAUUACUUCAACGGGCUACGAUUACUCUGAGCAACGAACUCGAUCCCUUUGAACCGCUGGAAUGCAUCAACUAUUCCCUGGAAUCUCUGUCCAUCUACGCAGCGCACAGACAACGGGCCACGAACCUCUCCCAAUACUACUGUCCUAACCUGCGAGAACUUACUCUCUGCGGGAUGGACAUGGCGAUCGGCAAACUCGCUCCCCUUUUGCACUACUCCCAACGGAUCCACACGUUGACCCUGCAACGAUGCAGAAUCCGAGAGAACUACGGAGUUUACUGCAUCCUCGGAUAUCUACCUUCUCUGCGAAACCUAACAGUCGGCAGUACCCACCUCACAACCUGGAACCACACCAACAAAACCUUCGCACACUCGCUGCAAACCCUCAAUCUAAACCAUCUGACCACGACCCGCGACCAACUCCUCACCAUAGCGGAAGUGUUCCCCCAGCUGAAGCACCUCCACCUGCAAAACCUCCCCGCGGACGACGCCGUCAUUCGUUACCUCUGCCAGAAGCUACCCCACCUCCAAACCCUCGCCAUCACCAACUGCCCAAUCAGUGACGCCACAACCAACUUCAUUGGCCAGCACGGUCGCACCCUGGACCGUCUGGAACUCAUCGACAACGGAGGGUUGUCCAAAGGCGCCGUCAAUCGGCUGAAACGUCGUGGCGAUUGUCCGGAAGUCGUCUUCAAACCGCCCCUGACGUCGGCUGUGCUGGUGAAGAGCUUGCUGGCGGUGGUGGCUCACCGGGUGGCGUGCUCACCGCUGACGGUGGUCAACUGUUUGCUGCCGAAGGUUGGCGUGAAACCGUGGAGGCCGGACUUUUUGCGCGUCGAGUUGGGGGAGGAGUUUGCUUUUAAACAUUAA